AUGAACCCCUCAGCUCAUGCGGCUACAUCACCCUCACAACAAACAAAGAACUUCAACUUCCAACUCGUCAAAAACACCCAAGUCCUAGCCUCCCUCAAACCCGCCGGCGACACCUUUGACUUCCUCCCGUUAGACUACCUCUCCCUCCGCGCCCGCAACGGCCAAUACCACUGGGGCGACAUCACCUUCCGCUACCGCCAAUCCGGCACAACCGCCUGGACAAACGGGGACUCCGCUGCGGCCCGCCAGCCCGUCACCACCGUCGCCCCGUCCACCGGCAUCCUCGCCUCCUCCCGUCUCGGCCCCACCCUCCCCUCCGGCAGCCCGCUCAACAUCACCCGAGAAUGGCUCGAUGUCUCCGGCGACCUCGGCCUGCGCUUCACGCUCCAAAACUCCGGCUCUGCUGCCAUUGAGAUUGGUAGUCUCGGCUUCCCGGCCGAAUUCAACAGCAUCUUUACGAACCGCUAUGCCGCUGAUAUGCAGCGCGUCUGCUCCCUCUCGGAUCCCUACGUCGGCAUGCACGCCGGCCAGAUCCGCGUGGCACCCACCCGUGGCACCGGUGCCGCUCUCGUUGUCACUCCGCUAGGCGACACGCCUCUUGAAGCAUACCGCAACCUCGCCGAGCGCAGCUACGAGGGCACAUAUUACGGCAGCCAGACACUCGAGGGCUUCUACGAGUGGCAAGUCCUCACAAAGGCCUGGGCUGAGAACGAGUGGCGCUCUCAGACACCGUGGAAUACCCCCUCCUCCAGAACCCUGCAGCCAGGCCAGUCGCUCCAGUUCGGCGUGCGCUUCUCCGUCGCAAAGGGGGGUGUCCGAGAUCUCGACGCCACUGUCCGCGGCACAAAUACGCCUACCGCUGUCGGCGUGCCGGGCUACAUCAUCCCGCGAGGCGAGCCAGCGCAGCUCUUCCUCCAAUACGCCCAAUCCACAGUCCGCUCCAUCGCCUCAGAACCAGCCGGAGCCUUGACGGUAACCCUCGUCUCAGCAGGGAAGUACACGGUCACCCCCUCGACGACAGCCUGGGGCCGCAUCCGCCUGACCGUGAUCUACGCCGACGGCAAGAUCCAGACGAUCCGCUACUACGUAACCAAGCCCUCCACCGAGGCCGUCACCAGCCUCGACAAGUUCCUCACCACGGCGCAGUACUUCAACGACACGUCGGACCCCUUUGGUCGAGCGCCCUCGGUGAUGACCUACGACUACGAGACCAAGUCCAUCGUCACGCAAGACUCCCGCGCAUGGGUAGCCGGUCUCAGCGAUGAAGCUGGCGCAGGAUCAUAUCUCUCGGCUUUCAUGAAGCAGGCCAUCCAGCCCAACGCGGACGAGGUAACCAAGCUCGAAGCCUUCGUCGACCGCGUCCUCUGGAAAACGAUUCAGACCUCGGACUUUACCGUUCGCAAAGCAAUCUUCUUCUACGAGCCCGCUGCCACCCAUGCCUGGGACUGGUACCUCAACCAGGCGUAUGAGACGGUUAUGCGGGCGAUGAAGGGGGAUGUUGGGUAUAACCGCGUUGGACUGAUGGGAGAGACGGUGUUUGGCGAGAUUCUGGCCGAUUUGGGCCGCGAGUGGCAGACGGCUAAGGCGAGUGCUUUGUCUGCUGCCAUGAAGUCAACGGCGGCACAGUGGGAUACGGAGGAGGUGCCGUUUGGGAGUGAGAUGGCGUGGGAUUCGACUGGUCAGGAGGGUGUUUACUAUUGGGCAAAGUACUUUGGCUACACAAACACCGCGACAAAGUCCCUUAACAGCGUCCUCGGUUUCAUGCCAACCGUUCCUCACUGGGGCUGGAACGGCAACGCCCGCCGCUACAGGGAUAACAUCUACGGCGGCAAACUCCGCCGCAUCGAGCGCCAAAUCCACCACUACGGCUCCGGCCUAAACGCCCUCGUCCUCCUCUCCGCCUUCCGCUCCGCCCCAACAGACACCUACCUCCUCCGCACAGGCUACGGCGGCACCACAGGCCACCUCUCCAACAUCAACCAAGACGGCUUCGCCGCCGCCUCGUUCCACAGCUGGCCCGACACGCUGAAAUGGGACGGCAUCAGCGGCGACUACGGCCCAAACCUUUUGGGUUUGGCCCUUGGAUCUGGGACGUACGUCGUUCAGGACUCUGAACUUGGCGUGUUGGCGUUUGGAGGUGUCGUUACCGCGAAUUCGGGGGCUGUGAGCGUUACGACGAAGGAUGCCGUUCGGAGAAAGGUGUUUAUCGGGCCUUUGGGGGUGCUUGUUAGUGUUGAUGCUGGGAUUAUCCAGGAUUUCAGUUUUACUGUUUCUUCGAAGAGUGUUUCUAGUACCACUGGGACGGGUGCUUUCAAGGUCACGACGUCGGGUAUCGGACAGGCGAGGGGCGGGUGGUCUGUUCCUCUUUCGGGGAGCAGUGUAACUGUUCAGAUUGGGCCUGCGUAAGGCCUGUCUUGGGGAUUGUAGUGCUUGAGAACGGGGCGAAUGUGAUAUGUCCAUCAUGUCUUUUAUUUCUAGGACGCUUGUGAGAACUGAUAGCUCUCAGUUUAAUCUUCGUCUCGCUCUCAAUAUCUAUCAAGUCUUAUGAAAUAAGCCCAUUCCCUCUAUUUAAACACUGUCCAACUCACGUAUCAUCAACACUUGAGUCCUUGUGACUCUCAUUUAUACCAUCAAAACCCUCACCAUAUCCCCAUCACCAUUCUUAGCCCCCUCUUUGACCCUGACAGCCCUCACAACUCCUUCUCCAAAACCUCAAACCACAAAUCAUCCCUCAAAGCACCACCGCCAACCAUCUCCUUAUACGGAAACUCCCUCCUCUCCCCCGUCUUCUUAUACCCCCGUCUCUCAUACCACGCAAUCAGUUCCCCC